GUGUUCAAACAUGACUGAAGCUGUUACUGUCCAGUGGUGAGCUGUCAGAUUGUCUACUAGCCUCUGGUAGCUACAGGAAGAGAUCACCCAAACAGUAACUACAUGUAUGUGACUCUGGCAAAAGCUGAAGUUGAAUCAAACCGGCUCUCGUUGAAAGGAUUUAAUUUAUUUAUUUAAAGGAUUGUCCAUUAUGUUCACUUCGUGGCCGAACUCAAACCGGCGGUUUUCCUGAUUCUCAACCCCAGCGGUGAAGACUUGUUUGCGGGCUGAGGUGCCACCUAUAUCCCGGCCACUGGGAAUCUGGAAGAGCAACGCCGCCUGGUGACUAGUAUUCAACAUGACAGGGGUUUGCGGCUGUUGCGGGGCACUCAGGCCCCGGUACAAGAGACUGGUAGACAACAUCUUCCCAGAAGACCCAGAGGAUGGUCUGGUGAAAGCCAACAUGGAGAAGCUGACAUUCUACGCCCUGUCAGCUCCAGAGAAGCUCGACCGUAUCGGAGCUUACCUGUCUGAGAGACUCUCGAGGGAUGUGGCCAGACACAGAUACGGGUAUGUGUGUAUAGCUAUGGAAGCCCUGGACCAGCUGCUGAUGGCCUGUCACUGUCAGAGCAUCAACCUGUUUGUGGAGAGUUUCCUCAAGAUGGUGCGCAAGCUGCUGGAGUCAGACAAACCCAACCUGCAGAUCCUAGGAACCAAUUCUUUUGUGAAGUUUGCCAACAUAGAGGAGGAUACGCCAUCCUACCACCGCAGCUACGACUUCUUUGUGUCACGCUUCAGUGAGAUGUGCCAUUCAAGCUACGAAGACCCUGACAUCCGCACCAAGAUCCGGAUGGCAGGUAUUAAGGGUCUUCAAGGUGUGGUGAGGAAGACAGUGAAUGAUGAGCUGCAGGCGAACAUCUGGGACCCUCAGCACAUGGACAAGAUCGUCCCCUCGCUGCUUUUCAACCUGCAGAGUGGAGAGCGAACAGAGAGCCGCUCCCCGUCUCCGCUGCAGGCAUCGGAGAAGGAGAAGGAAAGCCCGGUGGAGCUGACGGAGCGCUGCUUCAGGGAGCUGCUGGGACGAGCUGCGUAUGGAAACAUCAAGAACGCUGUCACGCCCGUGCUGAUGCACUUAGAUAACCACUCUCUAUGGGAGGGGAAGACCUUUGCAGUGCGUUGCUUCAAAAUCAUUAUGUACUCCAUCCAGUCCCAGCAUUCUCACCUGGUAAUCCAGCAGCUUCUCGGCCACCUGGACGCUAACAGCAAGAACUCAGCCACAGUGCGAGCUGGCAUAGUAGAAGUGUUGCUGGAGGCAGCUGCCAUCGCUGCCAGCGGCUCCGUAGGUCCUACUGUGCUGGAGGUGUUCAACACUCUGCUGCGGCAGCUCCGCCUGAGCGUGGACUACGAGCUCACCGGCUCUUAUGACGGCAACACCAACAUCGGCACCAAGAUCAUCAAAGCUCAUGAAGAGAGGCAGCUGCAGGAGGCAGUCAUCAGGACCAUUGGUUCAUUUGCCAACACUCUCCCAACAUACCAGAGGUCAGAGGUCAUGCUCUUCAUCAUGGGCAAGAUCCCUGUGCCUGGGGUUCACCCAGCUCUGCUCUCAACAAGCUCUGGGCCUGAAGGCACCAGGAUGAUCCAGGUUAUGUUACUGAAGUCACUGGUCCAGGUGACGGCGGGUUACCAGACCACCAAUAUGCUGACAGCACUGCCCACCUCCUUCCUGGAGCCGCUGCUCUCCUUCUCACUAACAGAGGAUCCGGAGGUUCGACUGCUGGUUCUCCAGAUCCUCAUCAGUCUCAUCGACAGGCAUGAAAGCAUGCCCAAGUUCUCCAACAUCAGUAUCAUCUCAGACAUCUCCGUGCUCAAGCUCAAAGUCGACAAAUGCUCCAGGCAGGACAACCUGUUCAUGAAGAAGCACGGCCAGCAGCUGUACCGACACAUAUACAUGGGCUGUAAGGAGCAGAGCAGCGGCCGACGGCACUACGAGUCCCUCUUCACUCUGCUGGCUCUCCUCAGUGUGGAGCUCGCCAACGAAGAGGUGGUGGUGGACCUCAUUCGGCUGGCACUUGCAUUGCAGGACCUGGCGCUCUCCACAGACGAGGCCAUGCCUGUUUAUAACCGCUGUGCUGUUCACGCCCUCUCCGCUGCCUACCUCAACCUCAUCUGCCAGCUCACCACCGUGCCAGCCUUCUGCCAGCACAUACACGAGGUAAUUGAGGUUAGACAGAAGGAAAGUCCCUAUCUUUUGCCUGAGGACGUCUUUGUUGAUACUCCAAAGCUGCCUUCUUCACUAGAGAAGGUGGAAGGGGAUGUUCUGUUCCUCCAGUCGAAGAUCACUGAGGUCCUUGGUGGCAGUGGAUAUAACACAGAUAGACUGGCUACGCCUUAUGUCCCACAGUUUACUGAUGAGGAUCGUCUGUCCAAGAGGAAGAGUAUUGGUGAGACCAUCUCCCUGCAGGUUGAGGUGGAGUCCCGGAAUAGCCCAGAGAAAGAGGAGCGUACCCCGGCAGAGGAGAUCACAUUUGAAACCCUGAAAAAUGCCAUCGUGGACAGCGUUGGUAUGGAGGAGCAGGAGAGGGAGCGGAGGAGACAGGUGGUGGAGAAGUUUCAGAAGGCCCCCUUCGAGGAGAUAGCUGCCCACUGCGGUGCCAGGGCAACACUACUGCAGAGCAAACUCAAUCAGAUCUUCGAGAUCACAAUCAGACCCCCACCCAGCCCGUCUGGAACCAUUUCAUCAGGUUACGGCCAAAGCCAGAGUCGAUCUGUCCCCAUCUACGAGAUGAAGUUCCCCGACCUUUGUGUGUACUAGAACUGUUUCAAGUUUGAGGAUAGGGAAAGGGUUUUGGGGGGGAGAAGGGCUUUCAGUCCUCACUGUAACUGCAUCAUGAUCGUGGAUUAAAACAGAAAAAAACAAGCCCUGGAUGAGAUUCUUUAAAUGCAGCUAAAACAAGCUGAUUUGUUUAAAAUAACACAGUAAAACAAGCUACUCUGUAACUUUAACCCUCAUUACGUGUUUGUAGAAACUCCACUGUCUGGACUCUGAAAAAUUCAAAGUUACCAAGAACUGUGAGGACAAAAUGAAGUGAGGAAACUAGCAUUACAUUUUUUGACUUUAGAAAGAUCAGUGAGCUGCAUGGCCUGUAACUGGACCUUUUUAUUGAACUUUUUUAUUUCCACAUCUUAAUUUUGGUUCCUAACAGGUUGCCAUACUUCCCUUAAUCACAUAACAAGGUCGACCAAUCGUGUUUAUUUAUCAUCUGCUUUGUUUUUAUUGUUGUUGAUUUUAUGACAGUAAGCGUGUGUAUGCAUUAGGUGCGCUUUAUUAACUUGAUUUUUAUGUAAGUUGAAAUGAAAAACAGGUAGAUACAUAGAAAUAUGAUGAUUUUCUUUUCUACCUUCCAUGUUUUUCAUCUCUAGAAAACCUUUCUUCAGUGUUUUUUAUGCUGUUAGGUUUUUUUUUAUUUGCCUUUUUUAGCAUUAGCCAAAAGUGCUUUUUCUUUUAUGACAGGCAGUUUACUGCACCUCUGUUUUUCUAACUAUUAUUUAUUGCUUUUAUGUCGCUACUUCAAAAAGGGUUAACCGUCAAUCUGUGUGCUAUACUCCCAAAGUGAGUGUGCCUUAUUGGUGACUCAAAAGAAAAAACGCACACUGGGCCACAGUCACAUCCACACACUGAACUUCUGAAACGUUUAUGUCAUGUUUACCAGAAACACCAGAAAAUAAUUUCCCUUUAUUUUUCUCCUUCCCAUAUAAAUGUGUAUAUACAGAGAAAUAUAUAAAUCUUUAAGCUGAUGUACAGAAUAGGGGAAGUUUGUGUGUGUAUAUAUUCUGUAUAUUACUCCAGAUUUUAGACUGCCACUGCACUGAUAGUGUCCAUAAACGAGGGAGAAAGCCUCUUGGUUAGUAUUCAGAUGUUCAAAUCUUGUCCGAUAAGUAACAAGCAACACAUGAAAUCUAAAUUCUCAACUGUCCAAACAGCAAACAGCAGAAACCUGCAUCGUCUCGAGGCCAGUAGGAAACACUAGUGAAGUCUGAAAGCAUCCUGCUCAAGUAUACAUGAGCUCAUCUUCGUAGAAGACAAGUUCCUUUCACAAAUUUUAGACGGCACCACCGAGUAUACUGCUGCCAUUACACACUCAGUCCUGCUGCAACAACUUUGCACUCUUUUUAUGCCUCACUGCUUCUGCCGCAGCCUCUGAGUAGUGCAUCUGUCUCAUUCAGCAAGGUAUUCAAAAAAAGUCUAAAAGCCAUUCUGUGUGCAUGUACGCACACACACACAGGUAUAGAAAGUAUAAUGGCAAUAAUUUGGCACUAGCCCAACUGUUGGUAGCAGAUGCUUGUGUGUGUUUGAAACUGUAUUUUCUGUGCUGUGAUGGUUCAGUUUUGUAAAGUUGUGAGAAACAGCCCCUCCUGCUUUGCUUCUGUGCUUCUAUGAAAUAACUGCAUUUGGCGUGAAAUGUGUUACAACCAUCUUGUUCAAUGUAAAAAUGCUGUCUGGUUCGUCCCUGAUUGUCACGUGUUACAGUCCAGUCGUUCGUUUAAACCACAUUUUUGUUCAAUGCCGUUUCCCCCUGUAUGCAUAUUUAUGUCCACACAUGCCAGUGUGUAAGAUUGUUCAUGUUUACCCUCGUCGUCAGUGCAGGUGUGCGUUUGACUGAGUGUGUUUGUUCAUGUUAUUUGAAAAUCUGUAUCAUCUUCAUCUUCAUCAUCAUCGUCCUUGACCAAACUCUUCAGACAGUUUACAGUUUAGUGCGACCACAUUCAUGAAGAGCGAGCUAUCUAAAGCAACGUGCAGCUGUUUAAACUUCCAGUAACACCCGUGUGUAAAAUGUCUGUUUCAGCAUCUUGCGACUUUGAGGUGAAGACCUGUAAAUCUACAAGUGUGCUCGUCGUCAUUGCAUAGAGUAAUGUAAUAUCAACUGACGGUAAUCCAAUCUUACUUUUGUCAUUACAUGUCUGGUUAAUAGAUCUGUUUACAAAGUAGUGCUGUAGGUCAAAUCUAUUCAUUCUGUGAACUUUGCACUUUAAAAACUGGAUUACCUAGUGACGAAGGCAGCUUUUACUUGGAGGAAAUGCCUUAUGAGUGUCAUACCUGACUUUGCAUGCUUGUGAUGUUGAUGUGUUGUACAAUAAAUUUGUCUGUAACCAUUAA